UUCGUAUCCUUCAGACGAAGAUUAUCCCACUAGCUGUCGCACAUUAUUAUCGUUAAAAAGUCUUCUACCACGCGUUUCGAAAAUUACCAUUGCCAUAUUCCAUCACGAACUUGUCAGAGUGUCCUUUAGAUCAGUGCUCCUGCUCAGUCAGUAAAUUACCGUUCAACAGGCAAAACUUCGGUCCUAUCUAGCGGUUAACACGUGUUGAGUAAUGGUCUUGUUUGGUGUCUUGUGAAAGAGUUUCGAGGUAUAUGUGCGUAGAUAGAUAUAUUAUGUUAAUUGGUGCAUGUAAUUUGUUAAGUGUUGAAGUGCUAAUUAAGGGUACCUACCUACUUAAGGAGAAGCUUAUUUAAUAAAUUUGUCUUGAUUUCUUAAGCAGCCAGAUUUAGAUUCAGAUUGUUUAUGUGAUGCGCAUUCUUUGGGCCGUGUAAUUAGUUUGUUGUAAUUUACCCACCAACCGGCCGCCUGUCCGCAAGGAUUAAGUUAUAUUAACAGCGAUUAUCGAGUUUUGUGCAAGUGUGUUUUAGUCCUUUGUGAAUAAAUAACCAAACCAAACAGAAAAAAAAGGAUACUUCCUUUAUUUUUGAGAUGAGACAAAGAUUUAUGAAAGAAUAAAUCAAAAAAUUGUAAAUAAAAAAAAACACACACACACAAACAACACAACGGAUUUUUGAGACCACAAAUAACCAACGUUAAAAGAUUGAUUAAACAUUCAGAUGACAUAAUACAAAAGCUAAACAGAAAAACAACCACUUAAAAUUACCACACUCUGCCGUGUCGCGUUGUAAUAAUUUCACAAAGUGAACAAAAUUACCAGACAAAUUCAAUUAACACCACCGCCACGUUGGAAGGAAAGAAGAAAAUCCUCUCAGCUGUGAAUACUUUUUUCACUUCUUCUUCAUCAUUUGCCAAGGAAGUCCGUCAAUUAAUGACAAGAAGCACAAACGUCACUCCAUCACCAGUAUUACCAGCAUCACCCACAACAUCAGAACCAUCCGAUGUAUAUCCAAAGUGUCCAGUGGAGAAACUUCAACAUGAAACAUCCCUAUCGGCAUCGCCAGCGCCAGCGCCAUCAUCACCCACAGAGUCGUCCGCAUCCGGACAAGCUACAUCAGCAAAGUGUGAGGCAAGGAGGCCUUCUACACCAUACCGUUCUCCUAAGUCUGUAGUUCUCGACAACGACGAUGACGAGGAGGACAACGAUGACUAUGGAAAUGGAAAGCCCUGUUGUAGUCAUAGUUUACAUAAAGACACAAAUAAACAUGAGGGCCAACCAGACAAGCAACAGGAACCCAACGGUGAUGAUGAUAAAGUGGGUGCCAGCAACUACGAUGACUCCAAUAACGACAACAAGAAAGAAGCAGGUGACGAGGAAGAUGAAUGCCAAUGCGAGGAAGAUGACUGCCCUCACUAUCAACAAACGGACGAUGAGGAACCUGAAACGGAUCUCGACAAAGAUGUUCCAUUUACCUAUUGCCCAGAUUGCCAUCACUUCGAUGAUAAGGAUAUGGGAAGGAUACCGACAGCAUCAGUUGAAGAAACUGCAAACUGUACCGAUUCCCCAAAUCAGCCUGGUAGUGCGACACCAACAACUGAUGAAAUGUUCUUUAGCAGCAAGAUGUCACGUAAAAAAUCGAAGAAGCACAUUGAAGGUGAAGAGGAACCUGCAUCAUGUAGUGCUAGUGGUAGGCCAUAUUUAUCGAGAGCCAGAAUGAGAGAAUUCCGUGAGGCAUUUCGUUUAUUCGACAAAGAUGGUGACGGAUGCAUAACUAAGGAGGAACUAGGUACGGUCAUGAGAUCCCUGGGACAGUUUGCAAGAAUGGAAGAACUAAAGGAAAUGCUGCAAGAAAUCGAUGUUGACGGCGAUGGCAACGUUAGUUUCGACGAGUUUGUUGAAAUUCUUUCGAAAAUGGUAGAUGAAGAAAAAGCUGGAAUCAAUCCAUCGGAACAAGAAGAACGUGAACUCCGGGAUGCAUUUCGUAUCUUUGACAAGCACAAUCGAGGCUACAUCACUGCAUCCGACUUGAGGGCUGUCCUGCAGUGUUUGGGCGAAAACAUGGGAGAGGAUGAGAUUGAAGAUAUGAUUAAAGAAGUCGAUGUGGACGGUGAUGGACGUAUUGACUUCUAUGAAUUUGUCCGUGCCCUUGGUGAGCCAGAAGAAUCGCAGGACUGUGAAGAUGAUGACGAGAGCACUUCACCAUCACAAACGCCAAAAUCAACCUUUUCAUCUAACAGCCAGGAGUAGAUAAAUUAAAAAUUAUAAAAUUAUAAUAAAUAAAUCGAAAUUCUCUCAGUGUAAUAAAAAUAAUGUUUUGAAGCUAAAAAGAUUUAAAAGAAAAAUAAUAAUAAUAUGGAAAUGGAAAUAUACAUCUCUGAUACAAUUCUAUACUUUAGAUAACAUACAUACAUAUUUCAUGCUGUUCUUAUAAUAAUUAUGUAAAUGUAAGUUUUGAAAAUUCACAGCUUAAUACAUUCAAACAAAAACAAAAACAAAACAUAAAUUAAAUAGCAACAUUCUUCACAUUUAAUAAUUAUGCUUCAAUAAAUUUUUAUCCCAAAAAAUCGCAUUGUAAAUUUUAAUCUCAAUCGUAUUAAUAAUAUACAAAACAAAACAAAAUAAAAUAACAUAACCAACCACACUCUAUUGUUAGUAUCAAAUUAAACAUUUCAUCAAAUUUCUUAAUAUCAAUCAAAAAAUUAAUAAAUCAAAGUAAAAAAUAAAAACA